ACCGAUCCUGCGAUUGUGCGCACGCUCUUUUGCCCGCACAAACCCGCCGUCAUCGACUCCUCGUCCGCCCGAACCUCACUUCUCAACUCCACCCUCCAACAUCCCCACGAGUUUCUAAUGAGUGCACCCAUCUCGACCCAGAACCCGCCCAUCGCCGCUUCCACGCCUGCCGCCGCGAACUUGUCCUCGUCGGGAUCGUCCGCCAACGUGGCCGCUGGAUCGGCACAGCCCACUGCCCGCAGCUCGUACGCAAACGCGACCAAGAAGAUCUCGUCUCCUCCGAUCGCGUCCAGUGCAGCCCCGCCCGUGGCAGUGGGAGGGUCAAACGCCCAGCAUGGCAAGAGCUCGUCCGUCUCCCCCGUGAACGGCUCCAGCCCCAUCAAGCCCGCUGUUCCCGCCAUGGGUCCUACCAUUGUGAACAGCAGCAGCGCCAACGGUGACCACAGUCGCAAGUCCUCCGUCACCAUCAGCGCCGCUGGCACCAGCGGAUUCAUUCCCAACGGUGGCCCUGUUGCAAGCAGUCGCGCGCCCUCCAAUCUUACUUUUGGUUCGCUCGCUGGCUCCCCUGCGCCCUCUCCCGCAGUUCCCCAGCAGAAUUUGAACCCUCAGUCUCAAAACCCGCGCAUCAACUCGCCUGCGCAUUCGCCCUCUCCCAUCCCCACACCUACUGCCAGUGGUGGAAAACCAGACGCUCUACCAACGCGCCCGGGCAUGCCUGUUUUUGGUGGUGGCAGCGACGGAACAGAGUCCAACAACCGCCCAAUCUCCAUGCCUCCUCAACCACACUCCAUUCCCCAAAGCCAACACCUUCGCCGCGAGUCGAGCCAGUCUGCGCACAGCGACAUGGGCAACCAGCGAUUCCAGCCCGGCAAUAACAGCGGUCGCGGGCGCGGGAAUUUCCAGCCUGGAGGUUACCCACAGAUGGGACACUCGCCCCAGCCCCAGUUCCGUCAAAUGAACAACCCUCCUCGCGGGCCCAUGCCACCCAAUUUCCAGCCCGCUAUGAACCACCCUAACUCUCCCUACCGACAAAACCGAAGCCCGGCCAUUUCUCCCGCUGUCAUGCAUCAGCAACAAAUGGCCACACAGUCUGGCGGUAUGCCCUACUACCCGGCGCAGUAUCAGCAACAAAUGAACUACAUGCCCGGGCAACUUGGUGCUGACCCAUAUGGCCAGUACUAUGGCAACAACUACAAUCAAGCAGCAUACGGUAGUAUGGGUCAGUCCAUGUAUGCUCCCGGUGGGAUCCCCCCAUCCCCUCGUAACCACUACCAGGUUCCCUACGGUCAAGCUCCUCCUCAGGCGCAAGGUAUGGCUAGGACCAACUCAAACAUGUCCGAGUCUCGCCCUCAGUCUGCCGUGGCCCAACCCAGCACACCUGCCAUGACCAAUGUUAACGCUUCGCACACGCAUACCCCGAGCGCUGCCUCCGCCAGCCCUGCCCCGAGCUCCUCUACUUUCGCCAUCCCUCCUAAGAAGAAGAGCAAUGCCAUCGUCAUCAAGACCACCGACGGAAAGGUCGUCGACUUCAAGAAUGAGAAGAAGCCGGCGUCCCCCGCACCCUCUGCUGGUGCUGCUCCACCAAAGUCACCUGCCAUUGUCGCCACGCCAACACCUCCCCCUCGCCCGGAGUCCACGCACAGUCGUGCCGAGAGUGUCGCCGCAAAGACCGACUCCGAAAAGAAGGCCGACUUCGUGCUCCAGUUCAAGAAACAGCUCGAAGCCGAAAAGUCACAGAAAGAGGCCGAUGAGAAGAAGGCCAAAGAUGACGAAGCUGCCGCUGCUGCCAAGAAAGAGGAAGAGGAGAGACUGGCCAAAGAGGAAGCUGAAAAAGCCGCCAAGGAGAAAUCAGAUGCCGAAGCCAGCAAGAAGGCCGAAGAGGAUGCUGCUGAGAAGAAGCGUAAAGAAGACGAGGAGUUCGAGCGAAUGAUUGCUGAAAUGGAAGCUGCCGAGAAAGAGGAACAAGAGCGUGAAGCCAAGUUCGCAGAGAAGAAGAAGAUUGCAGAUGCUGAGCGCAAAGCCAAGGAGGAGAAAGAAGCCGACGAGCGUCUCAAGGCGGCUGAACGCGAAGCUGAGGCUCUUGAGGCUAAGCGUGCACAAGGCGGUGAUGAAGAAUCCGCCAAAUUGUUUGCUAGUCUCAAGAAGAACACACAGUUUGGCCCGGGCGCUGCUGCUGAGAGCGAUACUUCUACUCCUGCUCCUGCUCCUGAGCCUACCAGCGCUCCCGUUCAACCCAAAUCUGCAACAAAGGCCAAGCCCCAUCCUCUCAAAUUGGAGACCAACAAGGCCAUCGAGCCGGCGCAGCCCACCGCUGGUAUGAACUCGCUCAAGAGUGCUCGCUUCUUGGCGAUCAAGAAUGAGGUCAACUACCCCGAAGGUGUAAGCUCGCCCAACCCAGCGCUCAACGCGACUGGCAAGGGAGGCAAGAGUGGUCGACCAUAUGACAUGAGUUUCUUGCUUCAGUUCCAGAGCGUGUUCAAGGAGAAACCCAGCGUCGACUGGGAUAUGAAGUUGAAGGAGACCGUCGGUGAUCCAAGCGACUCUGCCCGCACUCCCGGCCCUCGUCCAGCUUCCAUGGGCCCUCGCCAACCCUCUCGCACCAACACUCUAGGUGGAGGCAUGGGCAAUUUCGGCAGCGGCAACUUCCCCCAGGGCAGGACCCUACCUCCCGGUACAUCUUCCGAAGAACGGUUCCGCAUGUCGCAAGGAACUGGAGGUCGAUCCAUGACGAACCCUCUCGGUCAAAUGAUGGGAGCUCGUGCCGGUGGCUCGGGAUCUUUCCCUGUGCAGGUGUCGCGCAACGCAUCCUAUAACAUGGGAGCGAAUGGACCCAACUCUCCUCGUGUUGGUAGCUCUCGUGGUAGGGGCAGCCGUCGUGGUGACAAGCCUGCCCAUAACGCCAAGGAAGAAAAGGCCAUGCCUUUGACCGCUGGUAUGCAGAUCAAGGACCUUGAGCGUUCCCAGACUGGUUGGACCCCUAUGAGUCUGAAGGGUGGAGGUAGUGCUCAGCCUGCUUCUGGCGGUCACAUGGCCCCCGACAUGGUGCAACGUAAAGUCAAGGCUGCUCUCAACAAGAUGACUCCCGAAAAAUUCGACAAGAUUGCCGACCAGAUCCUCGAGAUUGCUGGCCAGAGCAAGAACGAGCAAGACGGCAGGACUUUACGCCAGGUCAUUCAGUUGACUUUUGAGAAGGCUUGCGAUGAGCAGCAUUGGUCUUCCAUGUAUGCCAAAUUCUGUGCGCACAUGCUCAACACCAUGAGCACAGAGAUCAAGGAUGAGAAUGUCCGCGACAAGCAUGGCAAUCCCGUUGUCGGAGGAGCUCUCUUCCGCAAGUACCUCCUCAACCGUUGCCAGGAGGAAUUCGAAAAGGGUUGGGAAAUCAACCUACCCGACAAGCCAGAGGGUCAGACUGGCGAGGCUGCUCUGCUGUCCGAAGAGUACUACGUUGCUGCAGCUGCCAAACGUCGUGGUCUCGGUCUCAUUCAGUUUAUCGGUGAACUUUACAAGCUGAACAUGUUGACCCUCAGGAUCAUGCACGAGUGUGUCCUGAAGCUUCUCGACUUCGAAGGUCUUCCGGACGAAUCAGCUGUUGAAUCGUUGACAAAACUCCUGCGCACGGUCGGUGGCACCAUGGCUGCUGCCGAUGCUGGCCCCAAGAUGCUGGAUGUUUACUUCCAACGCAUUGAAAAGAUCAUGAACAUGGAAGGUUUGAACAGUCGUCUCAAGUUCAUGUUGAUGGAUUUGUGUGAUCUUCGACGCUCCAACUGGGUUUCCAAGGACGCAGACAAGGGUCCAAUGACACUGACCGAAAUCCACGCAAAGGCCGCCGCCCAACAGCAAGCAGCCGAGCUGGAGCGUCAACGCAACAACACCCGCGGUGGUCCCCGUCCGCAUAUGGGCCGCGGAGAUGCUCGCUCAUUCUCCGGCGGUGGUAUGCCACCUCCAGCAGACUUCCCUACUGGUCGUGUACAGAUGGAUGAUCUUCGCAAGUUGACUAGGAACAACUCGUCACGCAAUGCUGCCCCUGGUGGGUCGCUUGGUCCGUCCUCCUUGCUCGGUGGCCGAACUGGCAGUGGACGUCGCGGCCUUGGUCCCGGUGGCAAUCUCAAUCUCACAAGUCGUGGCGAUGAGUCCGGUGCAUCCUCCCGAACCGCUACUCCUGUGUCGAAGGAAAAGGAGCCCACAAACGCAAACUCUUUCAGUGCCCUCAUGAGCCUUGGAGAUGAUGUCAAUGAAGUUACCUCUCCUCCUUCAACUGCCUCGUCUCCCCCGCAAGGAAAAACCGCCUUGUCUCGGUCAAAAUCGCCUGCUGCUGAAGCCAAACCAUCCGAGUGA